ACACAGAGCCAGCAUUCAUUCUCGGGCUGCGAGCGAGGGGGCUGGGGAGCGAGCGUCACUUUGGAGACUCGGGAACUCACGGAUCCUCGUGCUAAACCGGCGACCUCCUUUUCUCAUUCCCGAAGUCCUCGCUGUUGGAUUUCGACCGCAGGACACCCGCAGGAGAGAGAGAACGGGAAGUCAGAAAGGAAGUGGGACUGGGUGAGUUUGGCACGGACCGCUGUCCAUUAGCAGGUAAACUGGGGUCCAAGGUGCGCACUGAGCCGCCUAUGAUACCAAGAACACGGAUGGAAAGAACUUUAAUGUGGAACCCUCACAGAGUUUUGCAACGCAGGCUCAGAGUAGAGACAGACUGGCAGUUUAUAUUGUAACUUCAUUGGAGGCCAAAGAGACAGAAAGCAGAGCUGCCGCUCGGUGAGUCAUUCUAAGCUAAAUAGGCAGAAGCCGGAGCCUGACAGGUAGAGCUGAGCUUUCAGGAACAGAGUUUGGUACUCCGGAGGAGAGAGAGAGAGUGUGUCUAAGAGAGAGAAAUAGAGAGAGAGAAAGCGAAAGGGGGGCAAAGAAGAUGUCCAGAGAGGAGCAGAGCUUUUCAGAGGUGGAGCUCAGUCCCGGCAUCUCGGACGACAGCCGCUCCCUGUCCCCGGGUCAUUCCUCCAGCGCGGCAGGUGGAAUCGACUCGCCUCUCUGCGGGCAGGAGCCGCAGCUGACGGCUCUGGACGACGCCUCGGCGGGCUGCUCCUCCGUCAGGUCCGACGACGAGGACGAGCGCUUCCCCGCCGGCAUCCGCGAGGCGGUGAGUCAGGUGCUCAACUGCUACGACUGGACCAUCGUGCCGAUGCCCGUCCGCGUGAGCGCCGGAAGCAAGAGCAAGUCGCACGUGAAGAGGCCAAUGAACGCCUUCAUGGUGUGGGCGCAGGCCGCGCGGAGGAAACUGGCCGACCAGCAUCCCCACCUGCACAACGCGGAGCUCAGCAAGACCCUGGGGAAGCUGUGGAGGCUUCUCAAUGAGAGUGACAAGCGACCGUUCAUCGAGGAGGCCGAGAGGCUGAGGAAGCAGCACAAGAAGGAUUACCCGGACUACAAAUACCAGCCGCGACGCCGCAAAAACGGGAAGGUCGGCUCCGGGUCAGGAAGUGAGGCCGAUGGCCAUUUGGAGGGUGAGGUCAGCCACAGCCAACCGCACUACAAGGGGCUCCAGCUGGAAGUGGCCCACAGCGGGGGAGCUGAGUCACCUCUGGCUGAUGGGCAACACCCUCAUGCUGCAGGUCAGAGCCACAGUCCUCCCACACCUCCCACCACCCCCAAGACCGAACUUCAGUCUGGAAAGACAGGAGAUGGUAAGAGGGAGGGAGCUGGGAAUGGCGGCACGCGGGGGACAAUGGGAGCGGAAGGCGUUCCUGGAUCUGGAAAACCUCACAUUGACUUUGGUAACGUGGACAUUGGUGAGAUAAGCCAUGAGGUGAUGGCCAACAUGGAGCCGUUUGAUGUCAAUGAGUUUGACCAGUACCUUCCCCCCAACGGGCAUCCAGGGGUUGGUGCAGCAGCAGGAGGAGCUGCAGCCUCUCCGGCCUCUGCGUUUGCCUACGGUAUUUCGUCGGCUUUGGCUGCAGCCAGCGGUCACUCCGCAGCUUGGCUCUCCAAGCAGCAGCAGCCGCAGCAACAUCACAGCUCCCCACUCGGCUCAGAUCCAUACAAGGCACAGAUUAAGAGCGAGGCCGAAGGUUCCGGGUCUCACUUUGCAGAAGGAGCUUCAGCAGGCGCCCACGUCACCUACACGCCGCUCAGCCUUCCCCACUAUAGCUCUGCUUUCCCCUCGUUGGCCUCAAGGGCUCAGUUUGCAGAAUAUGCCGACCACCAGCCUUCGGGGACGUACUACAGCCACUCCGGCCAGUCUUCGGGGUUGUACUCUGCCUUCUCUUACAUGGGGCCUUCACAGAGGCCUCUUUACACUGCCAUCACUGACCCAACCAGUGCGUCGCAGUCGCACAGCCCUACGCAGUGGGAGCAGCCCGUCUACACAACAUUGUCGCGGCCAUGACAGACAGCCAGAGCAGAAAGCGCCGGUGCAGGUUCAGCCCCAGUGUCAGACCAAAGCAGGAGAGGCGACUCUGUUUGCUACGCCAGAGAUAGAAGUGCUCUGGUCUGGGGGGAGUGGGCCGGCACUGGGGAAGUCGGCUGGAGACCCAGAGGGGGAAACACCUUCUGAUCUCGGCCAGGUGGAGCGGAUGCUGUUACAGCACACGACUGAGUACCGAAUGUGGAGCUUUUAAUCGAGUUUAAGUCGCCGCCGGCACUCGGUGUAGGAGUCUGGGAUUGUAAUACCUUGGUAAUGCAAAGAAAAGCAUCCACCCAAUAGGACUGCAGCAGAGUUUCUGACACUUCAAACAUCGAAGCUGAGCAUGGCAUCGUGUUCCCGUUGGUGUGGAAGCUUCACGUGAAUUACAGCUGGCACAUUGUCUUUUACAAGCCUCUUCCACUGUAGUAAGGUCUUGAUCAGGGUUUGAAUGGUGUGACUAAAUGCAAGCCAAAUUCUUUUUGUUACGAAACGCAUCAAAUGCCACACAAACCAAGGGCCAAUUACUUCGUCGGCUCUCCACUCCAACUCAGGAUUGACCUUUAAUUACACAAAAAAACCUAGAAAGCAGGAUUCUACUCAGCUUAGACAUUAAGAUAUGUAAAUCUGACGUCUCUUUAUAAACAACAUGAACAGUUAGACAAAGUGCGUUGUAUAUCUACACAAAACCAACUUUACAACUUCACACUAUCAUCGAGAAAGACGACGCAGUGCAUGUGAAGCUAUAAAUGCACCUGUCAUUUAUUUAUGUAAACUUUAUGUAAGCUGACCAAAGUUUUAUGACCAAAACUUUUGAUGUUUUCUAAAGAAGAAACAGAAUUUUUUUUAAAGAUGUUUCUCCCAACGUGACAUCCGAAACUACCUAAGUAGACCUUUCUUGUCUGUUUUACUGUAUAAUUUUACUUGUAUGUGUCAAAAUCAACUUUUGCCUCGUUAUUUGUCCAUUAGCACUAAUUUCGAUGAUGAAUUAUUUCUCUGCAUGUCGAUUAACUAUUUUUGUUGGUGGUGGAAGUGGGCCAUCGAGAACACAUUUCUAGCUCUAACCGUUUGCUCUAAUUACACUGUUGAAUUUAUGUUUGCCAUGAUGACAUAACUACACUGGAAGCCUUCACUGCUGUCUUUGCUUUUGGCUUGAGCGUUAUUAUUCAUUGUUUAUGUAAAAGUUCAGUAUUCAGUGUUUGACAGGCCAAUACUAAGAAGCAGCUGCCACUUGUGUAUUAAUGCAGUCUUAUAUUAACUAGAAAAAAAGUGUGUUGCCCUUAAUAAUGCCCGCUAAUAAUGGGUGCAGAGGGGCAACAAAUUCUAGACUAUUUCAUGUUCUUAUCAUUGAGUUUUUAAAUUAUAACUUUAAUGUAUCUCUUUCAUUUUAUGCCUAAUCUUUCCUUUUGUAAUUCUGACAUAUCUGCAUUUCUGAGGACCUAAUUAACCCUAAACAGAGGUCAAAUAAUAAUAAAAAAAAUAAUUUGCCAUGUCUUGUUAGUAUCACCAUUUUACAGCAUAUCCAAGCUGUUUAUUGUCAUUCUCUAUCUAAGCUGUUUGUGCUUAUUUGAACAUUUACCUUCGCAAUGAGAGACUGAGGUGUUUUCUGAGUGCUGCACUUCUUAUUUAUGUGUGUGUUUUGUAUUAUUUUGCACUGUUUUUUCUCUUUGUUAUGACUCAUUUUACUGAUAUGGUUUGUGUUUAUGUUUUUUAGAAGCAGAGUAUGGCUCAACUACAUAAAAACAGGAACUAAAAGCCUUAACAUGUGAAAAUGUGCUGUGCUCCUUUACUUUCUACUGGAAUAAAGCUAUUCGUCUGCUUGGA